AUGGAACCGACAAGGACGCUGAUGCUCGGCCUGCUGGGCUGCCUGCUGCUCGUCCCCCGGCUGCGCGGGCAGGAGCCGGCUGCCUGUGCCUGGGGCUGGGUGCCCUUCGAGGAGGGGUGCUACGGCUUCUUCCCCCGGGAGCUGAGCUGGAGAAGGGCGGAGGCCUUUUGCCAGCGCUUCGGCGCGGGCACCCACCUGGCCUCGGUGCACGGCGCGGAAGAGCACCAGGCCAUCGCCGCCAUGCUCGCCUCCUCCCGCCCCGGCCAGGGCAGCCAGGACGGGGACGGGGACUGGGACAGCGGCGUCUGGAUCGGCCUCCACCGUCCCCUGAGGAGCCACCGCUGGCAGUGGUCGGAUGGCUCGGAGGUGGACUAUGGCUCCUGGCACCAGCAGCCUGGCCCCAGGAGGAGAGUCUGCGCCGCGCUGCAGGACACCGCCGAUUUCCUGACGUGGAACAGCGACGCCUGCGCCCACAGAAAACCCUUCGUCUGCAAGGCCAGCGCCUAG